GUGAGUGAUUCCCACGUUGCACCUUCCUCCUAACCCUUUUCUUCAUCGCCACUCAAUCUCUCUAGCUGCAACUUUCUUUGUAACGUGUAAAUUGCCAACCUUUAUUUAUUUUUAUUAACCCAACUUCGUUGCCGGCCAUUACCAAUUCCUUUAUCCCAUCAUAGUCUCUUCUCUUCCCCUUUUUCAUCACAUUGCCAAAAAAGUCUCAACCUUUUUCUCUCCCGGAGGAAAGAGCGAGAAGAAGACUCGGUUUUGCGUGAGGAGAGAUAGAGAGACUUAGAAAGCGCGGGAAGACCGAACUUUGGCGGUUCGGCGGCUCUACGUCGUCUGUUGCUCGAGUCGUCCUGGAGCUCGCCCGUUGUUUCUCGACGGCGGUGGUGGAAGAAAACGACCGUCCAGCCAUGGAUAUUGGCGGUCCUACCAAUAUCCGCCACGUGGCUCACGUUACCUUUGAUCGUUUCAAUGGCUUCCUCGGUCUUCCCUCUGAGUUCGAGCCUGAUGUCCCCAGGAAAGCUCCCAGUGCAAGUGCAACUGUGUUUGGGGUAUCCACAGAGUCAAUGCAGUUAUCAUACGAUUCGAGAGGGAAUUGUGUUCCUGUGAUACUGUUGUUAUUGCAGAGCCGGCUAUAUGAUCAAGGAGGCUUGCAGGCAGAAGGAGUAUUCAGAAUCACUGGAGAGAACAGCGAAGAAGAGUUUGUUAGGGAGCAGCUGAAUAAAGGGAUCAUACCAGAUGGGAUCGAUGUCCAUUGUUUAGCCGGACUUAUUAAGGCUUGGUUCAGAGAGCUGCCGAGAGGUGUUCUUGAUCCUCUGCCAUCGGAGCAAGUGAUGCAGUGUGAGUCAGAUGAGGAUUUUGUUAAGGUUGUGAGACUCUUACCUCAAACAGAAGCUUCUCUUCUCAAUUGGGCCAUCAAUCUCAUGGCUGAUGUUGUUCAGUUUGAGCAUGUUAAUAAGAUGAACUCUCGUAACCUUGCUUUAGUCUUUGCCCCUAAUAUGUCUCAGAUGGCAGACCCUUUAACUGCAUUGAUGUAUGCGGUUCAAGUGAUGAAGUUGCUCAAGAGCCUCACAGAGAAAACUGUGAGAGAAAGGGAAGCUUCCUCUUCUGUGGUUGACAGAAGAUGUAGCAAAGAAGCCGAAGAUGGCGAGAAAGAAGAAGACAAUGAAGAAGAAGAAGAAGAUGAUGAAGAAGAAGAAGAUGAAGAUGAUGAAGAAGAAGAAGAAGGAGAUGGUGUGUACAUAAUUAACGAGGAAGAAGCAUCAGAGAGAAUGAAAGUGGUUGCUGAUGAACACAAGUCAGGAAGCAUGAAGAGUGAGUUUGAGGGAUCUAGUGCUUCGGAUUCAAAGGGAGAUAAUGGAGUUGUGCAGCCACCCAUUUGCAGUUCGAACCGUAUAGGAAACAAGUGAAAUUGAUGUUUUUUCUUUUUAGUUUACUGUGUGUUUGGAUUGCUUUAUUUGAUUGCAUUAUGCAUAUGUAACUUCUAAGUAAUGUAGUUUGUUGUUGAAUGGUGAUAUGAUAUGAGACUAACU